UUAAUUUCACUUGCACUUGCAACUUGCAGCAGAAAAUCGAAACCUAUUUUAUAUUUUACACACCAUUUUAGAUUUUAUCUUGUAGGCCUAGUCGAUAAAACCAUAGUCUUAUUAUGUCUAUUAAAUAGUUGCGUAUUGGUCAUACUAACAGUUAUUUUAACCAACUCUUAAAUCGUGAACCGGCAAGAGAGGAGAGGAGUCAAACUUGUUCGUGUUACCCUAGGCCAGGAGAGUCCAGCAAAUAUGUACCGAGACAGAACAGGCAGUAGAGGUAUGGGCCGAGGUGGCUUCAGAGACAGGGGAAGGGGUAGCCCAAGAGGUGGUCGUGGAGGAACAUUUGGCAACAAUUCCUUCAAGAAUAAGCAGCCAGGCAGUCAGCUCCGAGCUCCUCGGUGGGACAACUUACCAUCCUUCCGCAAGGAUUUCUACACACCUCAUAGUAACGUCACUAACAGAUCAUUUAAUGAUGUGAUGUCUUUCCGAUCACGCAAUGAGAUGACCAUCAAGGGCAACAGUGUUCCUUAUCCUAUUGAGCAUUUUGAAGAAGGAAAUUUUCCUCCUUAUGUGAUGGAUAGUAUAAGGAGACAAGGAUUUUCCACCCCCACUCCUAUCCAGGCACAAGGCUGGCCUAUAGCCCUCAGUGGCAGUGAUAUGGUGGGGAUAGCCAAGACUGGCUCCGGGAAAACUUUGGCGUAUAUCCUGCCAGCCAUAGUACAUGUGAGUAACCAGCCAAGAGUGUCGCCAGGCGAGGGGCCUAUAGCCCUGGUGUUGGCUCCUACCAGAGAGCUGGCUCAGCAGAUACAGCAGGUGGUGGCUGAAUUUGCUGCUACGACGCCGGGACGGGCUCGCCACGCAGUGGUGUAUGGCGGGGCUCCCAAGGGGCCUCAGGCACACGCCCUAAUGCAAGGAGUGGAGGUGUUGAUAGCAACACCCGGCCGACUGAUAGACUUCUUGGAGCGAGGCCAGACCAACCUGCGACGAUGCACUUACCUGGUGUUGGACGAGGCUGACCGCAUGUUGGACAUGGGCUUUGAGCCACAGAUCAGGAAAAUCAUUGGACAAAUAAGGCCUGACAGACAGGUACUGAUGUGGUCUGCUACCUGGCCCAAGGAGGUGCAGGCCCUAGCUGAAGACUUCCUCAUGGAUUACAUACAACUGAACAUCGGCUCCCUCACUCUGGCUGCCAACCACAACAUUCUGCAGAUUGUAGACGUUUGCCAAGAGCAUGAGAAGGAGCAAAAAUUACGACGCCUGUUGCAAGACAUUGGAUCUGAAAAGGAGAAUAAAACAAUAAUAUUUGUCGAGACCAAGCGGAAAGUGGAUGAUAUUACCAGAUGCAUCAGGAGAGAUGGCUGGUCAGCCUUAAGUAUUCAUGGAGAUAAAAAUCAGACUGAAAGAGAUCAUGUACUACAAGAGUUCCGAAGUGGUCGAGCUUCCAUUCUGGUUGCUACAGAUGUUGCUGCCCGUGGUCUAGAUGUGGAAGAUGUGAAGUUUGUGAUCAACUUUGACUAUCCGCAGUCGUCGGAAGACUAUAUCCACCGCAUCGGCCGCACCGGGCGGUCACACCAGACAGGCACAGCGUACGCGUUCUUCACCCCCAGCAACGCACGACAUGCCGGGGACCUGGUCAGUGUGUUAACAGAAGCCAAUCAAACCAUCAACCCCAAGUUGGCUGAGAUGGCUACGAUGGCUCGAAAUGGGCUACCCAAUAAGUUUGGAGGUGGAGGAAAUAAGUUUAGAGGUCAAGGAAACAGAGGAAAAGGCGGGGAUAUGCGAGGAGGAAGGGGAAGAGGAAACCCAGGACGUGGAGGAGUUGGAGGCGGUGGAGGUGGCGGAGGAAACUUUAACAGUUACAACAACGUCCCGAGACAACAGUAUCCCAACUUCAACUUCAGCAGACCACCUCCCCCACCACCACCAUACUCCGGUCCUGCCUACUAGACUUUGUUUCUGCCUUGACUUAAAACUUUUGGUUUACCAAAGAAGUAGAGAUUGUCUGUGAUUUUCUAAUCGCUUCACUCAGUAUUUCUGUUUACUGAAAUUUCACUCUGUGAUGAAAAGUUUAGGUCAAGUUUUGGUGGAGUUUUUAAGACUUUCAUCAAAAGUGUUUGAUGUUCCUAGGGUUUACAGCACUGUUAAGUUUUCUAAUUUUUGUUUUGUGAUUUAAAUUUUAUGUGAUUUUGUUGUUAGUAUUAGUGUUAAAAUUAAUUUUUAUGAAAAAAUACAAAUUUUUCAUAAGAGAAAGUUUUUUUUGUUGGAUUUGUUUUUGGUUUUAUGUUGGGUUUUUUUUCCACCAAGCGAUAGUGAGACAACGUUCCUUUUAUUUUGUGAGAGAAUCUAAGAACCAAAGUAUGUUUGAGUAUUGCAUACUCAGUAGUAUUGUGCUAAGUAUUAUAGUUAUUAGACUGGGUUUAAUUUUUAUUUUUUCCCAUGAUCGCAAUAAUUUCCUUAUCUCUAUUAUGGUUAUUUACAUUUAUGACUGAAAAUCAGGAGUGUGCAAGUCGUGAAUUUCAUGAGUUGAGUCGAGUUUACAAAAAACUUGUUAGCAUCGAGCUUUGUCAAGUUGAGUUUUUCUAUUGUGAAGUGACAUUCUUGCUUCAAAAUAUUUAAAUAAAGCUUUCCAAAAUGAUGAAAUGGGCAGGCACUUCAUGGUAUAAAAAUCUAAAAUAAAACUUACGGAUCAAGUUUUUUUAGACAAAUGCAGUGCUCUGCUAUAAUACUUUAUUUUAAACUUUCUCUACAAUUAGGCCACACUAAUGUUAUUUUCACCUUCUAAAACCUCAGUAGCCUUUGAGUAGUAAACUACACCCUUAAAAUAUAAUACAGUAUUUUAUAUUAUUGAUUUAAUACAUCCGCUGAUUGUAGUGUAAUGUUUGUAAUAAGUGAUGCCUGAUUUGACUAUAGUACUUCUCAAUUAAUCAAUUGAUACCUACUUUCAAUACAUGCAAUUGUUUGCAAUCAAAAUUUACAACUGAGUUGACAACAGCUAAUUUUUACUCCCUAGGGGCUAAAAGCGAUAGGGAGUGAAAAAUGCUACUUCAGACCCACAACACAUGCAUUAAAAACGGCUGGUUUAUUUUAGUAUGACAAAAAAUAUAUUAAUUUGCGAUAGAGUAGAGAUCGUGCUUUGAUUCUGUCAUACAAAUAAGUAAAAAAUCCUUCCAGCAAACUCGACUCUCAUGAAUUUUCAUAAAAGUUUAAGUUGAGUACUGAAAUACUCUACCACUUUCAUUCGCACACCCCUAAUGGAAACUAAAGGAAAUUGUUGUUUCAAUGGCCAAGGUUUAUUACACAUAGUGACGUCCACUUAAACUAUCUCAGAUUAAGCUGAGUUCUGUUAACAGAAUUAAUUUACAUCAACUGCUGAUAUGUAAACUUAGUUAAGUAAAAUUAAUGUACCAUUACUGUUAGGAGAUUUGAAUUGUAAAACAAUAGCUCUAUGACUGUGAAAUGUUGAGUCGAGAGAUCUGAAUGUUGUAUGAAAUGAAUAGUCUGACUCUCAAUGCCUUAGAUUGAGACUGUUGUAGUAAAGAAGAGGGAGAAAAAUUGAUUGCUGAGGCUGUGUAAAGGAAGUAAUUUUAUUGUCAUAUCACUUAAUAAUACUAUUCAAUUAUUUUUAAGAAAGGUAUCCAAAUUUCUCAAAGUAAUGAAAGUAUCUCACAGGAUUUAUUGGUGUAUGGAACACCCUUCCUUGGAUAUACUAAAUUUGUUGAAAGUUCUGUUAAAUUUUUAAGAUUUAAGAAAAUGUUAUUGAGCGAUACCAAAUAUUUUGUGUCAUCUUUUUAAAAUGUGAUUUUUUAAUGUGAUACAUUUGGACAUUUCUAAUUUUUACGGAGGGUCUUUAAUAUAACUGUGAAUUUUUUGAGCACUGCUAUGAACAUCAGGUGCAGGUAACCAAGGUGAAAUUUAGCUGGGGAUGAAACAGUAAAAAUCACAAAAACACAAUAAAAUAGAUAUUUUUGAAAGUCCCUUGAAUAUUUUAACUGUAGAUAUAUUAUUAGUGGUUUAAUAAUUAUAUUAAUCACUUAUAUCACCACUACCUUCUAUAGUUGCUAUAAGUAUGUACAUUCUCACAAAUAUCUGUUGUAAAAAAUGGACCAUCAGUUAGUUAGGCUUAGGUUCGGGAACAGUGUGUACAACUCAACAUAAUAUUGAAUCGUUUUAUCUCAUUAGCUCAAUUUCACCGCAGGUAAACUUGCUCGCCGAAGGAGAAUUCAUGUAGAAAACGCCCAUAGUAUGGUUAUAAAAUGUGAUAACAUGUGUAGGAACUGAUUAAAGGACUGUGAUGUAGGAUAAUGAAUGGUUUUAAGGAUACAGAAUAGUCUAAAAGACAUGCAAAAUUUCUAAACUGUAAGAUAAACUUGUUAACAUAUUACACAAUUCUUUAUUUUUCAAAUGAUCUUUAAAGGCAAUAAAUGUGAAAGAACUUUGAAAUAUUUGUCUAUAAUUUUCUGAUAACAAUUUAAGACAUAAAUAAACCUUGCAAUCCAUUCUAAAUUGUUAAUAAUUUGAGACAUCUUAGUUACAUGUUGGUUUUUUGGGGUUUGGGUAUGUGGUAAAGAAAUUGAAUUGUUUCUCUCUGCACUACUCUCUGUAUACUCUUUACUUUUAUUCCUGUAAAAAAAGCUCUCACUAUUAUAAACAAGGGAGCAUCCCAGUUUAAAUUCAGUACAAUUGGGUAGGUAAAUGAUUAACUUUUCAGUCACAUGUGUAAUAUUUGAUCCGUCACACAAUAAACUAACAAUAUAUUCAUCAGAUGUUACAAUUUCGCCAAGACAAUGUCAAACUUAGUGGCAAAAUAAAAAGUAAAUUUUACCAAGUAACAAGGUUGCAAAAAUAUCUGCUCACUUGGAUAUCACUAGGAAUCAUGGAAAUACUGUAACUUUAAUUUAAGCUUAAUAUUAUUAGCCUUACUUUUACUUAUCAACCGGUGUUUUUUUUUUUUCAUUUUGUAAUUUGAACAUUUAAUAA